GAUAAACACUCACACACAAGUUGUAGAGAAAGACGACAAGAACAGAGAGUCGGAGGGAGAGAAAGGAGGAGGAGGAGAGUUUGUCAGAAUGAGUCGGCAACAUAAUGGCUGUUAUGGCGAUGGAAAGCACAGAUAGGGUAAAUAGGUGAAUAUCGUGGUGGUUGAAAGUCAGCUGUGUGUGGAGCAAAGAAGGAAGAAAUAAGAACCGGAGCAGAAACAUGAGUCGGCAGCAGGAGUCACAGGGAGUGGUUUUAACGGGUUACCACAGCAACGCCGAACUACUGCCGAAAACUGGACCGUGUGCCUCGAGCUGUCCGUCAGCCCAGGACCACGAGCCCAACUCGCACAGCCGCAGAACAGGCCACUACGCAGUUCAGCAGAGCCAGAACACACACCAUGGAGACAGAUAUGGACCUUGCACUGCUGCCUCCUGUACAAAAACAACAGGUCCAGAGCCAUCGUCACAACCAAACCCAAAUGCAGCUGCCUGCCCCAGAUCUCAGCACUCCUCCAGUCCUAAACCAGGCUCCAGCCCCAGACACAGCCCCAUCUCCAGGUCAAGAGCACGGCCUCCAUGCCAGCGCUGCAACUCUCAGGACUCUCUGGAUGAGCUGGAGAUGGAUGACUACUGGAAGGAGGUGGAGAAUAUCACUCGCACGGGUGGAGGAGCAGGGAGGGGAGAAGGUGGAGGAGAAGGAGAAGUGCCAGAGGAGGAGCAGCAGAAAAUUUCUGAAGAAGGCGAACAGGAGGAGGCAUGGCUAACAGAGGCGGGGCUGGCACGGCUGUUUGAUGAUUCACUGGCAGCUGACCAGGAUCAGGAAGAAGACAGUGCUGUGUUCCUGUCCACACUGACGAGAACUCAGGCGGCCGCUGUCGAGCGACGUGUUGCAUCUCUACAGCAGACGCUACGACGGCGCAAUCGGCAGCACGUCCCUGACGUCAGAGACAUUUUCCGACCUCCUGAAAAGGAUGAUGAUCUCAGUAAACUCAAAGGGGGAAGUGAGAACGGACAAAAAGAUGUCACUUCAUCUGAAACAGAGACCGAGCUCAAUGUUGAAGUGGCUUUUUCAGAGCAGGCGCUCACUUACAGGGACUACCACCAAAGGUUAAAGGUCAACACAGGCCCCAGCUCACCUGACGACAAACUACCGAACUUUAGGCUGCUCCGGGAUAAAACAGGUCAGACCAGAAUAGGAGAUCUGUCUCCUCUGGAUAUGAAAAAGGUGCAUAGAGUGGUGCUGGUGGAGAUGACGGCACUAUUUGACACAGCAGGGAUCGACCUUAAGGCUCACAAAGCUGUCAAACUCAAGACUAAAGAAAGUGGUCUAUUUGGAGUUCCCCUUGCCACUUUAUUGGAUCAGGACCAGAGGCGGGCUUCUGGGACCAAAGUGCCAUUCAUAUUGCAGAGGCUGAUGUGUCAUAUUGAGGCGGAGGGAUUAAACACAGAGGGGCUGCUACGGAUCCCUGGAGCUGCAACUAGAGUCAAGUCGCUGUGUCAGGAGCUUGAGUCCUCGUUCUAUGAUGGGACGUUCCCAUGGCAACAGUUGAAGCAGCAUGAUGCGGCUAGUCUUUUGAAGAUGUUCAUCAGGGAGUUACCCCAUCCUUUACUCACUGUGGAGUACCUCAACGCGUUUCUUGCUGUCAACAACCUCCCUACAAAGAAGCAGCAGCUGCAGGCUUUGAACCUGCUGGUCCUUUUGUUACCUGAGGCCAAUCGGGACACUUUAAAAGCUCUGGUGGAGUUUUUCCAGCGUGUGAUUGACCACCAGGCCAAGAAUAAAAUGACUCUCAACAAUGUCUCUGUUGUCAUGGCACCCAACAUCUUCAUGUUCAAAGGUUUCCGCUCCAAAGUUACAGAACAGCAGGAGUUCUCCAUGGCAACCAGCACGGCCAACAUCGUCCGGCUCCUUAUUAGAUACCAGAAUCUUCUCUGGACUAUCCCAAAGUUCAUUGUGACCCAGGUCAGACAUCAAAACAUGGAAAGUCAUCGGAAACAAAAUAAAGAGAGAGCUGUAAGAAAACUCUUGAAGAAGAUGACCACCGAAAAGACAUCUGAAAAAGCUAUCCCAGAGGAGGGCUCACAGGGAUUUAUCCGAGUCCAAGCCCCACAGUUCAAUAAAGUGUCCAUGGCAGUUCAGCUGACCGAAGAGUUACUGGCUGUUGAUGUGCUCACACGCUUCCUCAGCCAGGACUGUUCAGUGGCAGUGAAAAAAGAAGAGCUGUGUCUCUAUGAGAUUGGUGGAAACAUCAAGGAGAGAUGUCUAGAUGGGGAAACGUUUAUGAAGGACCUCUUCCAGCUGAACCCGACUGCAGAAUGGGUCAUCAAAGUUGCACAGAAAUAGUCAUUUGCACUUGCCGAAUGCUGGGCUGCCCAACCCUGUGUCCUACUGAGAAGAGACAUAACCUGAAUCUCUGGUUUCUGCUGGUUCAGGACGUUCUUGGACUCUUCAUUUGUAGCAGAGAUUUCUGAAUACACACAAUUUGCUUGCCCUGACCACAGCCUUAAAAUACAAGUGGAAGUCCUCUGACUGAAAAUACUGCUUGCGUUUCCCACCACAGCCAGACUGUCAAACAAGAACAAAAAUUGUGCUUUGACAGAUGUUUCCAUUUAUUCUCCUCCUCGCCGUGUGAUGCAAAUUUGAGUUUCAGGCCUCAAUAACCACUAUCCUGAAGUUUCAUUUGGGUAGAUGAAUAAAGACUUAUUUUUAGUUGACCUAAGGUUAUCUCUCGAGUUCUGACAGACUGCUGAUGAACUACAAGUUUGUUGAAGCACUUGAGCCACAAUAUUGUGAUUUUAAACACUUAGUGAUACUGAAAGUGUUGCAGUUGUAAUCUUUGAUUUAUUGCCACUAAUGUUUUUGCAUCUGCAGUGAAAUGUUGAGAUAAUAUAGGGAGACCAAAUAUUAACAUUCUCUUCCAUCAACAAGAAUAAUUUGAGAAUUUUGGCUUUUCUUAUUUAUAUUUUUAUUUAAAGCCCUUUAAAACACAAAUGUGAUUUUAUUAUUGUAUGUCAGUGUAUUGAAGCACUUCACUGUAAUCAACAGGGAAUGAACGUUGGAAUAAAUUGAUGUUUCGGGAGCUUUAUGUGGAGUUCUAGUGUAUGUGAUGGAGUACUGCUGUACUGUGAGGGAGGGGCCCCUAUAGGUGGCACACUUCAACAUUCAUCAGAAAUAUAUUCAUAAUGAUGUUGUCACUGACAACUAACCUGGGCACGCAAUGAUGACAUCACUGUUUUAUGGUACAUUAAUAAUGCUGUACUUUCUAACUGUAUAAACCAUUGAUGUUUGAGUGUUUUUAUGGGUUCAUAUAUUUUUGAAAAACUGAUUUACCAAUUUGAACCAACACAGUCACGACUGUGCGUAAGCUCCCAUAAAAGUCACCAAGUCAGUUGCCUUACAAGUUUUGUACCAAAGACUCAUUUUAAAGAACUGUUUGACUCUAAAUUGACAAAUUCAAUAGAUCCAAAGCUGACUGUAUGAUUGCCUUUUUCAAUGACACACCCUAAAAUCAUGGGCUGCAAAUGUAUCUGAACACUUCUGGCUUUACCUGUUUUUAUAGCCCACUGGUAAAGCAAUGUUAGUGAAGAAAUGGAAGAGAAGAAAAAGUAUAUUAUCUGUUGCACACAUACAGUAUCUGUACUUUGCUUGACUUGUAACAAAACCUUAUCUGAUUAUGUGUGAUUCAUUACAGUUUGGGCGGCCUGUGGAGAAUAAAACAUUGCAGCUGUUCAUCUUGUGUUAAACUGAAAAAACUACAAUUAAUGUGACACUACCUGCCUUGUAUUGUCUCGUUUUUACUGUGAAUAUUUUUUCUGAAUACUGAUUUGUCUUAUUAAUGUCCCUUAAAUGACCACAAGACUGUAAAUAAACACAUAGUUAUUAAUUACCAA